AUGCAUGAUUUGGUACCAGGCCUUAUACUUGAGGCUUUGGGGCAUACAGUCAAGGAGGUGGCCCCAGACUUCUUCACGCUACUGAUACUCCCGCUGGCUUUCACCCCCCUUGUCCUGGUGCCCUUCGGAACCUCGGCCUUGUCCCGGCUAUAUAAGGCGAAGUCGGGGCAGGUUGGGCACAGUCUAUCCUGGAGCCGCCAACAUAGGACAAUGAAGACCUUGGUGUUGGUGUUGGUGGCAGCGUUGGCCACAGGUCAACAGUUCCAGCAGGCUGACAUUUUCGACAUUGCUGUAAAACUUGCUGAACCUGGAUUCUUCAGUUCUGGCUUAAUCGGGAAAGGCGGACAGUUACAGAUCAGUAGCCAGAUCCAGAACGCUGGCACUGGAGCUCAGUCUAGUUCUCUCAAUGCAGGCAACAGUGGGUUCCAAGCUGGUUUACAAAGUGGCGGAUUAGGAGUAAGCAGCAGCGGGCUCCAAUUUGGGUCUGCUGGCAAUAAAUUUGGAAUUGGUUCAACUGGUUCUGGAUCUCAGUCUGGUUCAACAAGUAAUGCCGGUUUCCAGUCUGGAUCAACAAGUGGUAGAUUCCAAUUUGGUUCAUCUGGUGCUGGGAUCCAGUCUGGAUUCCAAUCUGUAAAAGGCAGCAGUGGAUUCCAAUCACAGGCAGCAGUGGAUUCCAAUCUGGAACAGGCAGCAGUGGAUUCCAAUCUGGUACAGGAAGCAGUGGAUUCCAAUCUGGAACAGGAAGCAGUGGAUUCCAAUCUGGAACAGGAAGCAGUGGAUUCCAAUCUGGAACAGGCAGCAGUGGAUUCCAAUCUGGAACAGGAAGCAGUGGAUUCCAAGGGAGUUCCAAUCUUGGAUUCCAAUCUGAACAGGAAGCAGUGGAUUCCAAUCUGGAACAGGAAGCAGUGGAUUCCAAUCUGGCAGUGGAUUCCAAUCUGUUGCUGGUCUGGAUUCCAAUCUGGUUCUGGCAGUAAAUUCCAGUCUGGCUCCUCAACUGGCUCUGGACUUCAGUCAGGUCUAUCAGGGAACACUGGAUCUCAAACUGGCUCCCGAUUCCAGUCUGGUACAAGUGGCAGUGGAUUCCAGUCUGGCUCCUCAACUGGCUCUGGAAUUCAGUCAGGCUUUUCAAGCACCACUGGAUCUCAAACUGGCUCUUCCUUUGGUUCAGCAGCUGGCUCCCGAUUCCAGUCUGGCUUAACAAGUGGCAGUAAAUUCCAAUCUGGCUCAACUGGCUCUGGAAUUCAGUCAGGUCUAACAGGCAACACUGGAUCUCAAACUGGCUCUUCCUUUGGUUCAGCAGCUGGCUCCCGAUUCCAGUCUGGUACAAGUGGCAGUGGAUUCCAGUCGGGUUCAACAAGUGGCAGUAAAUUCCAGUCUGGCUCCUCAUCUGGCUCUGGAAUUCAGUCAGGCUUUUCAAGCAACACUGGAUCUCAAACUGGCUCUUCCUUUGGUUCAAGCAGCAGUGGAUUCCAAUCUGGUUCAACAAGUGGCUCUUCCUUUGGUUCAGCAGCUGGCUCCCAAUUCCAGUCUGGAACAAGUGGCAGUGGAUUCCAGUCUGGCUCAACUGGCUCUGGAAUUCAGUCAGGUCUAACAGGCAACACUGGAUCUCAAACUGGCUCUUCCUUUGGUUCAGCAGCUGGCUCCCGAUUCCAGUCUGGUACAAGUGGCAGUGGAUUCCAGUCUGGUACAAGUGGCAGUGGAUUCCAAUCUGGCUCCUCAACUGGCUCUGGAAUUCAGUCAGGCUUUUCAAGCAACACUGGAUCUAAGACUGGCACAUCUUUUGGUUCAGCAUCUGGCUCCCAAUUCCAGUCUGGUUCAACUACUGGCAGUAAAUUCCAGUCAACUGGCUCUGGAAUUCAGUCAGGUCUCUCUAGCAACACUGGAUCUCAAACUGGCUCUUCCUUUGGUUCAACCGCUGGCUCCCGAUUCCAGUCUGGUACAAGUGGCAGUGGAUUCCAGUCUGGCUCCUCAACUGGCUCUGGAAUUCAGUCAGGUCUAUCAGGCAACACUGGAUCUCAAACUGGCUCUUCCUUUGGUUCAGCAGCUGGCUCCCGAUUCCAGUCUGGAACAAGCAGCAGUGGAUUCCAGUCUGGUUCAUCAUCUAGUGGUUCAAAAACCGGUACUGGUAUCCAAGGAGUUUCAACAGGUGCAAGCAGGUUCCAAUCUGGAUCCACAGCUGGCAGGGGAACUCAAGCUGGUGUGACAAGUGGAAGCAGAUUCUCAACUGGUUCAUCACGUGCUACUGGUUUCCAGUCUGGCUCAGGAAGUGGCAGCGGAUCUAGUGCUUCACUUGGAGGAUUCCAGUCUGGCUCAAGAGGUACUGGAUUCCAGUCUGGUUCAAGAGGUACUGGAUUCCAGUCUGGUUCAAGUGGUACUGGAUUCCAGUCUGGUUCAAGAGGUACUGGAUUCCAGUCUGGUUCAAGAGGUACUGGAUUCCAGUCUGGAUCAUCAACUGGCUCAGGAUCUCAGUCUGGUUCAAUAACCAGCAGUGGAAACCAAGGAGUUUCAGGUGCAAGCCGAUUCCAGUCUGGAGCAGCAGCUGGCAGUGGAACUCAGGCUGGCUUGACAGGUGGAAGCAGAUUCUCAACUGGUUCAGCACGCGGUAGUGGACAGUCAUCUGGAUCAUCAAGCAGCAUUGGAAUCUCAAGUGGUGCAGGAAGAGGCAGUGGAUUUGGGUCUAAUUCAGUAGGCAGUGGAUUCACUGGAUCCCAGUCUGGUUCAUCAGGUGCCGCAGGCUUCCAAUCUGGCUCAGGCAGAGGCAGUGGAUCGAGCACCCUGUCAGGACUUGGUGGAUUCCAGUCUGGUUCAGGAAGAAUCCAAGGUGGCUCAGCAGGUGCAAGCCGAUUCCAGUCUGGGUCAGCAGCUGGCAGUGGAAUUCAGACUGGCUUGGCAGGUGGAAGCAGAUUCUCAACCGGAUCAGCACGUGGCAGUGGGCAGUCAUCUGGUUCAUCAAGCGGCUUUGGAAUUUCAAGUGGCGCAGUAAGAGGCAGUGGAUUUGGGGCUAGUUCAUUGGGCAGUGGAUUCACUGGAUCCCAGUCUGGUUCAUCAGGUGCCGGAGGCUUCCAAUCCGGCUCAGGCAGUGGUAGUGGAUUCGGUGUUUCAUCAGGACUUGUUGGAUUCCAGUCUGGUUCAAGUGGUGCUGGAUUUGGAGCAGCAGCUGGCAGUGCACUUCAGUUUGGUUCAGACUCAGCAGAUGCAUUUGGAAUCUUUGAGCCCCUGAAUCUUCCUGCAGAAGCCACUCGCUUGCUUGGAAAAAUCUCGACAUCCUUUGCCUGUCUUGAUCGCCCUUACGGAUACUACGCUGAUGAAGAGAACUCCUGCCACAUCUUCCACAUCUGUUACCCUGCUCUCUUUGCUAAUGGAGCUAUCGAAACCUCCCAAUACAGUUUCCUGUGUGGUGAGGGCUCUCGAUUCGACCAGAAGGAGCUUACUUGUGUGGCAGAGUCAGAAGCUAUCCCUUGCCAGGAAUCUUCCAGCUUCUUUUUCAAGAACGAGCAGUUCGGUCUUCCAAAGGAGAAGAUUUAAGCCAUUUCGGCCCACUUGGAGGACUUGGUGUAUCGCCUUAGGAACAGCCCAUGCGAACAUUUUGGAUAAAUAAAAUGAAUAGGAAAAUGUA